AUACUGGUGAUUUUACACACGAGGUAACAAUAAAACUGAGGAAGUGGUGGCAUUAGACAGCUGAGGAAACUACAGCUUUAGUUCUCAUUUGCUGUGUCUUCUGCUGCAGUAAUGAAGCCUGCUGUGUUUCUCCUGCUAAGCCUCGGGGGAGCCCUAAGCCUCAAAAUAUGCUCCUUUAACAUCAGAUCCUUUGGAGAAAGCAAAAUCUCCAAACCUGAAGUACUGAAAGUGAUACUGGAGACUAUCACUCGCUGUGACAUCAUGCUCAUUAUGGAAAUCAAAGAUGCGAAGGGACAGGCGUUUCAUCACCUGAUGACUCAUCUCAACAGGAAGUACAAAGGACAGAAGCCUGAAUACGGCUACGUCAUCUCUCAGAGACUUGGGCGGAAAUCAUACAAGGAGCAGUAUGCCUUUGUCUACAGGAAGAAGUUGGUUUCAGUGAAGUCAGUGUAUCAGUAUCCUGACACACAGCCAGAAGACAUCGAUGCUUUCGCCAGAGAACCUUUUGUUGUGUGGUUUUCAUCACCUACUACAGAGAUCAAGGAUUUCGUCAUUAUACCCAUUCAUACACCUCCAGAGGCAGCAGUUAAAGAAAUAGACGAGCUGUAUGAUGUUCACCAAAAUGUCUCUCAACACUGGCAAUCACAGAAUUUCAUCAUUAUUGGGGACUUCAAUGCUGCCUGUGGCUACGUCCCUAAGAAGGAAUGGCGUAACAUUCGCCUGCGCUCAGACACCAGUUUUGUUUGGCUAACGGACGAUAAAUUGGACACUUCAGUGAAAGAAUCCACGAAAUGUGCUUACGACAGGGUCGUUCUUCACGGAAAGACAAUAAUCCAAGCAGUCAAACCGGAGACAGUAGAAGUGUAUGACUUCAAACAGGCGUUUGGACUCACUGAACAAGAGGCCUUGGCCGUGAGCGACCAUUUUCCUCUGUGCAUUACUGUAAAUGCAGCUCCAAAAAAAGGUUGAAAUAAUUUAUUUCUGGACCUUGCAUUCUUAAAAAAAAAAAAAAAAAAAUCUUGUCUUGCACAAUAAAGUAACUGAAAACUAA